GGAGCCGCGCCUGCGCAGCUGCCCGGCGCCGGCUUCCGGGUGGUGCGAGCGCGAUGGGGCGGAGGGCAGGUGUCGCCGAGUAGCAGCAGCGAGUGGGCGUGUACGCCUAGCGGUCUGGCCCGAGGGCUGAGGGCGGCCGAGGGUCUUCGGGAGAAGGCCAGAGGCGCGGAGAGAGCCUGGGAUCGCCGUCCGCCGCUGCCACCCGGCAUGUCAGCGGAGGCCUCGGGCCCGGCGUCCGCCGCGGCCCCGUCCCUGGAAACCCCUAAGCCCUCGGGUCUAGAGCCUGGCCCCGCCGCCUACGGUCUCAAGCCGCUGACCCCGAACAGCAAGUACGUGAAGCUGAACGUGGGCGGCUCGCUGCACUACACCACGCUGCGCACCCUCACGGGACAGGACACCAUGCUCAAGGCCAUGUUCAGCGGCCGCGUGGAGGUGCUGACCGACGCCGGAGGUUGGGUGCUGAUUGACCGGAGCGGCCGUCACUUUGGUACAAUCCUCAACUACCUGCGGGACGGGUCUGUGCCACUGCCGGAGAGUACCAGAGAACUGGGAGAGCUGCUGGGCGAAGCACGCUACUACCUGGUUCAGGGCCUGAUUGACGACUGCCAGCUGGCACUGCAGGUUGUAGACCUAGAUUGCCUCCCAGCUCCUGGCCCUACAAACCGUGUCACCAUGAGCAUCCUGCAAAAAAGGGAGACGCUGUCCCCGCUGUGCCUCAUCCCCACGGUGACAUCUCCCCGGGAGGAGCAGCAGCUCCUGGCCAGCACCUCCAAGCCCGUGGUGAAGCUCCUGCACAACCGCAGUAACAACAAGUACUCCUACACCAGCACCUCAGACGACAACCUACUUAAGAACAUCGAGCUGUUCGACAAGCUGGCCCUGCGCUUCCAUGGGCGGCUACUCUUCCUCAAGGAUGUCCUGGGGGAUGAGAUCUGCUGCUGGUCUUUCUACGGGCAGGGCCGCAAAAUCGCCGAGGUGUGCUGCACCUCCAUUGUCUAUGCCACGGAGAAGAAGCAGACCAAGGUGGAAUUUCCAGAGGCCCGGAUCUUUGAGGAGACCUUGAACAUCCUGAUCUACGAGACUCCCCGGGGCCCAGACCCAGCCCUCCUGGAGGCCACAGGAGGAGCAGCUGGAGCUGGUGGGGCCGGCCGCGGGGAGGAUGAAGAGAACCGAGAGCACCGUGUCCGCAGGAUCCAUGUCCGGCGCCACAUCACCCAUGAUGAGCGCCCUCAUGGGCAACAAAUUGUCUUCAAGGACUGACCUCUGACCCUCCCCCUGCCUUCCUACUGCCUUGGGACCCAGUCUCCCUCUCUUUCUCUCCCCUUCCCAGACCUUUGCCCCGGCUCUGCUGGUCAAGUCGUGGGUCCUUCUCUGUCCCUUCAUUGCAUGGCACAGCUCACUUUGGCCCUUCUCCAUCCAUCUUGACCCCAUUGCUAACAACAUGGUACAUUCCGGCCCCUGCUGCUCAGAGCCUUCCGAAGCCAACACUUGUCCCCAUCCUGUGUCCUUCCCUCUCCAGCUGGUUGAGGGGGAUUUAGAAUUCCCUUUCUCUUUUCUCAGUGCAUCUUCCAUGCCAAAGUGUCCGGCCUGCCUUUCCCAACACCACCGCAGUCUGAGCCGCCUCCUGCGUUGUGCAGGGUAGUCUGCCCCGUCCUCCCCACCAUCCUCCCUACCUCCUUAACUUUCUACUAGACUGGCCUGGGCCUGCCCAGCUCAGCAUUCUCAGUCUGUUUCAUAUUAUUUAUUAUUUUAAUUUUCUAUUAAAUUAUUGGAAUAAAGUUGAGUUGAGGAACUG